AUGCCUUCCUCCACAAGGUCAAGAUCAAUCUCACCCGAGUCGCCUCGAGUACCCACACCAACAGCCAACGACUUUCCCACCCCCGCCGGCCAGAUAUUCACAGUGACCAAGCGUGACCAGGGUCUGGUGUCACCUGCCGAAUCUGCCUUUUCCUUCUUCGAUGAGGGUUCGCCGCACGCUAUGUCAACCUCAGACUUGAUGGAGGAGAAGACAAUAGCCAGACCCAUAGAUCGGGGGACGCCGGGAGAAAGUACUUAUGCAUCGAUCAUUACUGGCCACCAGCAACAAAAUGAACUUCGAAGAAACAAGAGCCAGUACUACACAGAAGUCUUUUCCUACCGGGAACCGAACUUAUCCCCAAGAGAUCGGAUCAGCAAAGACUCGGUGAUCACUGCCGAGAUCAAGACGAACGUCAUCAUCACCGACGAAAUUCACUUCUUGCAAGAUUUCUCCCAGCAUAUGUCCCAACGAUACCAAAGACCUAUCUCCUCUAUAUUCAUAACCCUCAAACAUUCCGAAUGCCUCCUCUAUGCCGGUACUUUCGACCAAGCCUACAUUCUCACAGUUAGCGCCCUACCUUCGCAACUCCUUCCCACAACAAAUAAACGCAAUGCCGCCUUGAUACAAGCCUUUAUGGCCGACUCGCUCGGGGUGGCGGCUACAAGAGGGGUCGUGCGAUUUGUCGCCAUACCAGAAGAGAAUUUUGCCUUCAACGGUACAACCGUCUUUGGGCAGAUCGAGAACUUGCAGAAGUCUCCAAACAAAGAGAAUUUCUCGGACGCUGCAUCAAUCAGUGGCAUGAGGUCCGCGUUGCACAGUCGGGCAGCAUCGCGAGCGCAGAGUCGGAGACCCUCAGUAUCGAAGCCGCCAUCGAGGGACGGAUACUCGUUCUACCCGACGACGAGGCCGCCGAGUCCACACCUAAGGGGACCACCUAUACCAACAUUACCUAACGGCAACGAUGCGAUGGAUAGAAGAGCGGAGAAGGCACAGAAGGCGUCAAAUGGCGCGGAUGACAAUGGCCAUCUGCUAAUAGUACCGAGCGGGUCCAAGAGUGUGUUCAGUGAACGAUAUGGAAAAAUGGAGGAUGAAAACGAAUUUUUACCUCCGCAUUCGAUUCUGGAUAUCGAUUUGGCUCAAAAGGAAAAGAUGUUCUAUGAAGCAGAUACGAAGCAUCGUUCAAAGAUCGCUGUCAAUCCUCUGCCAGCACUCCAGGAAGAUUACAGUCAUAUCUUUGAAUGCUUCGACAUCGAAGACGAUGACAUCCUCGAUUCAACGCCUCGCGAUCAUAGAAUGAAUAAGCUCGAGGCCGAUGAGACGAGUCAACAUCAAGUCAGUAUUACAUCCACGUGA